UCCUCUAAUAUGACGUUUUAUCAAACAUGCCCCUCUACUAUUUUUUAUAUCAAAAAUGUCCCUGUACUUUGACAAAAUUAUCAAACAUACCCUUCUGCUAAAAUUUCCAUAGAAAAAAUCGUCAAUCAUGGUUGAACCGAUAUUUAGACGACCCGACAUCGACAAAUGGGAGGAAAAAUAUCAGUUUUGUCCCCCGUUUUAUUUCUCUGGGUCUCUUCAAAGUGAAAUUAUUUGAAUUAUUUGGCUAUACAAAAAAACCAAAAUAUUCUAAAGUGAAAUUAUAGGAAUAUUUUAGACAUUUGUAUCGCCCAAACCAAAGUUCGGCAUUGGUUAACGGUUUUUGGAUGAAAAUUUUAACAAAAGUGCAUGUUUGAUAAUUUUUACAAAGUAUAAGGGCAUGUUUGAUGUAAAAAAUAGUAAAGGAGCAUGUUUGAUAAAACGUCAUAGUAGAGGGGUAUAUUAUACCUAUAACCCAUAAUAUUAUUUGAGUAUGGCGAUAAAAUAUAGUGAACACUCAUUUUCGUUAAUGUCAUAACUAUUUCGAUAUUCUUUCUCCUUACUGACGGAAUUAGAUGAGAGAGGAGUUGCCAAUGUCUAAUAGGGCAUGCUUGUUUAGAUUAAUUAUAUUAACCACAUACCAAAAAGUCAUGUUUAGUGAUAUAGCAUACUAACUAGACCAAAUUAACCAAAAUUCGGCCAAAAUUAAGGGGAGCGAUCGUUUUGUUAGGAGUUGAGAAAUUUAUGCAGCCAAUUCGGAGCAUUUUAAAACUCAGGGAUGAUGUUGUUUCUUUGAACAUAGUUUAGUGACCAUUUAGGAAUUAAGCCUCCAGCAUCCAUUAAAGAUGUGGAAACGAUGUCGCUUCGACUCUUUUCAAUUUCUGCGUUCCACGCGCGGCGCGAGGUCACGAAGGUUGAAGCCGCUGCCGAGUGAGUGAGUCCGAGUCGGACAGCCGUUCCCUCUCUCUGGUUUAGUUUCCGGGGAAGGGGAAAGCACAUCGCUCGCAGCGGCGGGGCAAGGUGGAGCCAUGUAUCCAAGUUCAGGUCACACUAACGGCUACCACGACCAGCAGCCAGAGCAGCAGCGAUUCGUGACGACGACUCAACGGCCACGAGUCAGAAGAGGGCCCCGCGGUGGCGUUGGCGGAGUUAGGUCGCGUGAUUACGGCGAUGGGUUUAGGGUUUCUGGCGAGGAUAAUAGUCAACUGCCGUCGCAGCAGGCGGAGCAGCAGAAUCUCGCUCCGUGUACCGACUUCGAUAAGGCCUACUUCCAUUCUUACGCUCAUGUUGGCAUUCACGAAGAGAUGAUCAAGGACAGAGUAAGAACAGAUACUUACCGAAGUGCAAUCUUGCAGCAUCAGCGCCAUAUUGAAGGCAAAGUUGUGAUGGAUGUUGGUUGUGGCACUGGAAUUCUAGCUAUAUUUUGUGCACAGGCUGGUGCGAAGCGGGUAUAUGCUGUGGAUGCUAGUGAUAUUGCUGUGCAGGCUAAUGAAGUUGUGAAGGCAAACAAUUUAUCUGACAGAAUUAUUGUAUUGCAUGGGAGAGUUGAGGAUGUUGAAAUUGAUGAGGAGGUUGAUGUUAUAGUUUCAGAGUGGAUGGGUUACAUGCUUCUCUAUGAGAGCAUGCUCGGAAGUGUAAUUACUGCAAGAGAUCGAUGGCUAAAACCUGGUGGCCUGAUUCUUCCAUCACAUGCGACGUUAUAUAUGGCGCCUAUCACACAUCCUGAUCGAUACACAGAAAGCAUUGAUUUUUGGCGCAAUGUGUAUGGAAUUGACAUGUCUGCCAUGUUGCCAUUAGCUAAACAGUGUGCAUUUGAAGAGCCAUCAGUGGAGACAAUAAAUGGUGAGAAUGUCUUGACAUGGCCUCAUGUGGUGAAAUAUGUGGACUGCUAUACACUUCAAAUUUACGAGCUAGAAUCUGUCACAACAGGGUUUCAGUUCAAGUCAAUGAUGAGAGCUCCGUUCCAUGGGUUUGCUUUUUGGUUCGAUGUCGAAUUUAAUGGGCCUGCAAACGUGAACGCAAAUGCACAACUUUUGCUACCUGGAUCACCAAAUCCUCAGUCCUUGGACUGUGUUGUGAAGAAGAAGAGAACGAACCCAAAUGACACGCUUAUACUGUCUACUGCUCCCGAGGACCCUCCAACACAUUGGCAGCAGACUUUGAUAUACUUCUAUGAGCCAAUGGAGGUGGAGCAGGAUCAAGUAAUAGAAGGGUCAUUGACAUUGUCCCAAAGCAAAGAAAAUCGUCGGUUCAUGAAUAUUCACCUCGAGUACAGCUCUGGUGGUCGGUCUUUCGUGAAGGAGUCAGUUAUGAGAUGAAAGGGUCAAUGUAUAAGCAAGCGAGAGAGAGAGAGAGAGAGAAGUGUACUGUCCAGCUGUCCUCGCCCUGCAGCAGCCGCGGUUUUGGCUGGUUAGUUUCUUGGGAAGGAGGCAAUUGUAUACUAUAAGGCAUGGGAUAAAGGCAACGGGCAGCUUGCGUAGUUUGGCAGCCAGACGUAGGAAGUAGAAGUUUGUAGCAGAAAGACCCAAAUCGUUCUCUCUUAUUUUUAUCCAUCCUUUUCUUGACGACGUCUUCCUGGAUUCUGUACUGGUAACGAGUGAAUGUGGCAAGCAGGGUCUAGAGUGUACCAUAAUACUUGAUUGUUGAUUUGUCAGAGGGACAAAGAGGUAGGCAAAGGACUGAUGAAACAAUGAUCUCUGGAUGUAAAAUGACUUGAUGAUGGUGGUGGCUUGUAUCAUUGAUUCAUUGCAGUUAUUUAAUCCUCCAUAACUGGCUUUUCUCAGUUGUGAUUUACUAAUACAUGUACAUUCAGUCA